GCCCGCCCCCUGCCAGGACGGCUGUGGAGACCCCCGCCGCGCCGACGACCUUGCCGUUGGGACGACCGCCUUCCAAAGUUUUUCGGGAGUGUGUGAGCCUCGGUGAUGCACUACCUGAGCAUCAGUCCCAAACCGGGAGCCUGCACGGGGGGAGAAAUUGACCGUUGGAGCCACCUCUUGAGUGUGUAAGUGGGAGAGGAGCCCGUUGAUGGGUCUUCCUUUAAACUCAUCCCCCCGCCCCCCGAAAGUGUCCAAUGCUGAUUCCAGAAAAGCCAAGAUUUCAGGCCUUCAGCUGAACCAGAAGGCGCUCACCACUUUCCCAGAUGUGGUGCUCGUGCGGGUGCCCACGCCCUCCGUGCAGUCAGACAGCGACAUCACGGUCCUGCGCCACCUGGAGAAGCUGGGCUGCCGCCUGGUCAACCGCCCACAGAGCAUCUUAAACUGCGUCAACAAGUUCUGGACUUUCCAAGAGCUGGCUGGACAUGGGGUUCCCAUGCCAGACACCUUCUCCUAUGGUGGCCAUGAAGACUUUUCAAAAAUGAUUGACGAAGCCGAGCCCCUGGGCUACCCGGUCGUGGUGAAGAGCACGCGAGGACACCGGGGAAAAGCUGUUUUUCUCGCAAGAGAUAAACAUCACCUCUCAGACAUCUGCCAUCUGAUCCGCCAUGAUGUGCCCUACCUGUUCCAGAAAUAUGUGAAGGAGUCACAUGGCAAAGAUAUCCGGGUGGUGGUGGUAGGGGGCCGGGUGAUAGGCUCAAUGCUUCGCUGCUCCACAGAUGGACGGAUGCAGAGCAACUGCUCUCUCGGUGGUGUGGGCGUCAUGUGCCCACUGACAGAACAAGGCAAGCAGUUGGCUAUUCAGGUAUCUAACAUCCUGGGCAUGGACUUCUGCGGCAUCGAUCUGCUCAUUAUGGACGACGGCUCCUUUGUGGUGUGCGAGGCAAACGCCAACGUCGGCUUCCUAGCCUUCGACCAGGCGUGUAAUUUAGACGUGGGUGGCAUCAUCGCGGACUACACCAUGUCCUUGCUGCCCAAUAGGCAGACUGGCAAGAUGGCUGUGCUCCCAGGACUGUCCAGUCCCAGGGAGAAGAAAGAGCCAGAUGGCUGCGCUUCAGCUCAGGGAGUCGCAGAGAGCGUCUAUGCCAUCAACAAUGGGUCUACCUCUAGUGAGAGUGAGCCUGAACUGGGAGAGAUCCGGGAUUCCUCAGUGAGCACCACGGGGGCCUCGCCCCCCAUGCUGCCCGACCCCGGCUACAACAUUAACAACAGGAUUGCUUCAGAAUUAAAACUUAAGUGAAUUCCUGCUUUUUGGCAGCAUUUAAACCAAAUCCUACUGCUUCCCUAUAGUUUUGAGUGAAUAAAAUCUGGACUAACGUGAUUUCAUUUGCACAGGAACUAAGAAAUCCCAUCUGGGCACUCCGCAUUCUUUCUAACAGUGAUUUAAGCAAACGGCUUAGCUUUGUGGUUUUUACAAAGACUGAAAUAAAAACACUCACCACGAGCAACAUCCCGACUGAUCAACUUGAGACCGAUCGGUGUCUGCCGCAAGCACUUGGAUACCACGGCUGACUUUUAAGGCGCUGACUCUGUCGCUGCUUCUGGCUGCUAUCAGCAGAGCCCGUGGACUCGGAAGGGCUCCCGGAAGUACUGUCCUCGGAGGCCACCACCGGAUGGAGGCCGGUGCAGAAGAGAUGGAAUGUGACUGCAGUUACGUGCCCUUCGUUAAGUGUGUGUGUGUGUGUGUGAUGCUUGAAGAAUACACAGUUCAGUCUCUGCUCCCCGUCGAUCACCAUCUUGGCCAUAUUUCUCUGACACUCAGGAUAUGGUGUUUUAGGGAGCUUCCUCAUUAGCAUUUUCGACGAAGCACUUUGUAGAAAGUUUGAGAUUGAGCGUUACUUGACUUCACUGGUUGGCAGGUACCUGCUGUGUAACUGGGGCUUUCUACAAAUUGCUUUGCCACUCCGAAUUUAUAGACCCUGCUUCAACUAAUGCCAGCCCCAGCAGCCUCUUGCACCUUUGCUGCCUUUGGCCUCAGCUGGAAAUGCACUUCAACGAGCUAGUGGCCACACACUUUCUUUCUUCUGCGUGCACUAGAAUUGAACGCCAUGAACUUUCUUGUCAAUGGACUCUGUUCAUUUGUCAUCCAGCAGCCGGUGGGUUUUUAUCAUAGAAAGCUUACUGGAAGAUAAUCAUUUCCCCCUUUCUCUCCUAAAACUUUGUGUACUGCUUAGCUGUAGGAGGUUCUCUUGUAUGCAUUGGUGUUGUGGGCCUGUUGGGUAGAUAGAGCCAUUGGAAACACACUCUAAUCCCCUUGACAUUCUAGUCCUAGCCAGGUCCCAGAGACCGGUCCUUACCCACUUUUCCAAACUGGGGAGACUCAGGAAUUAUUCAUUGCACAUUUUAGGGGAGGAGGGGGGUUGGAUAGUGUGGACAGGACACCAAGUGCUUUUCACUUUAACUCUUGAAGCAGCACAUGAUGAUCUUUCCCUUGGGAGAAAUCGCGGAGGUGGGUUUUCCAUUUCUACUUAAUGAAGUAUGAUGAGAGUGAGCAAGGCUCCCUUUUUAACCAAAUACACUAAAACAUAAGCACUCAAGAGUUACCAUAAUCUGUGUUGUUUCCUUGGGAGACCAUACUCUUGAGCUGUGAUGUUGCACGUGCCAAGAAUGGGUGGAAGUCGUCUUUGGGAUUAUCUCUGAAGCCCUGCAAGGAAAGAUGCCUCACAGCCUUAUAGUCAGACUUCAUUUUUUCACACUACCCUUCCCAGAGGUAGUUCCAAGCUCCAUCACCCAUUUUCUUAAUCAGACUUACCUUCUAAUGCUCUUUGACUGUUCCAAAAAAGAAAAAAAAAAAUCAUCCCUCAAAACACCAGUCUACCCAUAAAGGACAACAAUGAGGAAGCAAGCUUUCAAGUGGACAGUUUCCAAGGAAGGCUCUAGAAAUAGUCUGAGUUAAGGUUAGCUUAACUGGACUACACAUACAUCUUCCCAAGGUGACUAGUGUGAAGGCAGCAACACCCAUCUGGGUGUAUAAAUCCCUGUACUUACUCUGCUGUACAUGUAAAAUGUGUACAAAGUCAAAACUAGUACAUUUUUUUUCACAACACAUUUAAAUAGAAAUUGGCUUUUAAAAUAUUGUGGCUAAAAGCACAUCUCACCAAGUAACGCGCAGUUGAAAAGCGUUUGGCUCCAUGUAAUGGAGAUACCGCACUACACAGUUGUAGUUUAAAUGCAGUCCAGCCUAGGUUGCAUGCCACUCAAUUGUAACUCUAGUAACGUGUCUUGUACAGUUGACAAAUGAUAAAUACUUCACCUUUAGACAGGUUAAGACAUUUACCUUAUCUUUACCACUCAGGGUGGGUUCAGAAGGAUAGUUCAAGGUCUGUUCUUGUUGGAAUUGUCCAGAUGCUUUCUACGUAAACAUCUGAACCAAGUGGUGACCCUCUGGAAGCUGCAUUCGCUCAUUCCCACUGUUCGCUGUAAGCCCAGUCUCUCCCACUUUAUCUAAAAGGACGCUAGCAGGCCCCACCCUGAGCAGAGCAGCUGGAGGGUGCUUCCAGCUGCUAGUGACAUCUGUAGUCCUUGGCACCAUUGCUUGAGAUCUAGCCCCUGCCUGGAAGCAGAGAAAGCUAGAUCGCACCUGGAUCACAGCUUCCUCCCCGGAUUUCCCACACUGGCCAUGGGCCCUGGGAGCCUUGGUCGUGGGUCUGGGCCACACUUGUUACGGCCGCCCGCCAGGCUGCUGGAAGGAGCCACAGAUGUGGCCACAGAGCCACAUCCUGGUCCUGGCUCUCCCCUUAAAGAGCUGACUCACCUUGUACAGGCAGGUGGACUCUGCCUCCCAUUUUUCCAUUCUUCCAAUAGGGGAGACGCCCCUUUACCUCUUGAGGCUGCUUUGAGGUUGAAGUGAGUUAAUUAAUGAGACUGUGCAUCAUGUGGGAGGUGGUAAAAGAAUACCUCCCGCAUCUGGCUUUAGAAGUUUCUCAUUGUCCCUCCUCUGAGGGAGUCAAGAAAAAGGCCAUGGAUUCUUGGCAUUAGCACACUAGACCAUGAGAAAGGAUGCAGCUUCUCAGAGGCCUUACCACCUGAAAGGAUUAAGGCUCUCGUGUAUUCGCACAGCGUUCUGGAUGGAUCGUAUCUAACCUGGAACUCUUGACUCUCCUAUAUCAACAGUCUUCCUUCUGUAACAUAAAUUGCAGUGUCUGUAUAAGGUCUUCCCAUUAUCUGAUAGUAGCAUCUUGAAACUGGUCAAAACUUGAAUGCCAAUAGCUCCGUCACUCAGAAUAUAUACGAUUCUGCACUUGGGAAAAA